GAUUUAUUUAUUCAUUUCUGAGAGUUUCAUCUGUCAACUAGAAAUAUUUAAAGUGAAGAAAAAGUUUUGUUUCUUUUUUAUCAUAAAUCAUGAAGUUUAUGCUAUGUUUCGCGGUAGUUGUGCUGUUUCAAAUGAUUAGCAGUGCAUAUGGCAGUAAGGCACAGUUUCGAGAAUGUGUGAAGGAACUUGGAAUACCAGAAGAUAAGCUUGCGGAGGGUCGUAAAAAAGCUACCAAUAUACCCGAACUACGAUGCUUAGGCGCGUGUCUGAUGAAAAAGAAAGGUGAACUUGAAGCGGGUAAUAAAAUGAAUUGGGACAAAGUGAGAGAAAAUUCAGUGAAGUAUUUCAAAGACAAUACUGAUAAGGUUGUACAAGCAAGACAAGAGUGCGCUGAACAAUCCAAAGCCAUAACGGAUGAGUGUAACUUUGUUAAUGAAAUGCAAAAGUGUACAGCAGUAAAAAUAAAGGACUUGAGAAAGUUAAUUAAAGCGUAAAUUGAAAAUUUACUAUGUCAAAGUGAAAGAAACAAUUUUUUGUAAUUAUGUAAAAUUGUAGAAUAAAAUAAAAUAGAAUAAUAAUAAAACAAUUUAAAUAG